AUGCCGAAGCCGUUCAAUUGGAGAUUAUGGACAAAGAUGGCCGUCGGCGGCGGCGUCUGCGUGAUCGGCGGACCAGCCUUCACGAUGUGGCUCACGCCCACUGAGGAGGAGCUUUUCAAACGAUACAACCCAGAUCUGCAGAAACGCAGCUUGGAGAGGAGAGAGCAGACGCAGCAGGAGUUUGAUCAGUACGUGGGGAAGCUGAAGGAGCUGUCCAAGUCCAACAAACCACUUUGGACGGCAUGGGAAGACGAAAUCAAAGCGAAGAAGGAGACGGACAGGCAAGCGCACCAAACGAAAGCGAACGAGCUUGCGCUGCAACAAGAGGCUAUGAGGAGAGAGGCGGGAAAACCUUCUCGCGAGCACUAUGCUAAUUCUCACAGCCCUGUACACCGAAUUAUCCCACCGCAAACCUCCGGUCCCUUUCGAUUCAAUAUGGCCGACAUUCAGGAACGCCUCAAGAAGCUCGGCGCUGUUGCGCGGACUGGUACGUCCAUUUCUCCAUGA